AUGGAUGAUGGCUUACUAUGUUGUUUUGAUGCUGAUGAGCAACAGGUGCUUGAAUGGAUAGUGUCUACAGGUAUUGAGAAUGUGUUUGAUAGAGUGAAUGAUGGAUCUGUGAAGAUGACACACAUUUUAUUUAAAUGUAUUGUUAGAGUGUGUUUAGGAAAUGUGUUGAGAACGCUUCCUAGAUCAACAGAUUUAUUGUAUGAGGCUGGCAUAGCACGAGGUAAUGAAACGAUCACUGGUGAAAUUGAUGUAGAUACCAUGUAUGGCUUGACGCAUGUAAAUGAUGUUUUAAAAGACGGAUCAUUUUUGUCUAAAGUAUCGCUUAAGCUGAUUGUGGCAGCGAUGAGAAAGACUCCCAGAAAGGCUGUUGAGGGUGUAUUUGAUACAAAUGACAUAUAUGGAUUGAUUCGAAUGAUCAGAUCUGAUGAUCCUAAGGAACGAAUGCAUAUUUGCCAGGUGAUUAUUGGUGCUUGUCUGUGUUCAACACAUGCAACAGCAAUAAAAUUGGCGGUUUUUAACGAGAUUGUGAGUUUUAUUGAGGGGAUGCGUGUAAAUACGGGGAUUGAUGAUUUGCUCAAGAUUAUGUGUGUGAUUGUGUCUGAAAAGAAAUAUGAAUCACAGGAAGUUUAUGUAUUUUAUUUUGAAGCAAUACUGAAGCUAGCAGGAAGUCAACGAUGCCAAGGAGUGAGUCAGAUAGGAAGUGUGAUUAGAGCAUUCCACAGAGAAUAUCCAAGGCUUGUACUUCUAGGACUGAAGUAUUUCAGAAAAGUAUUUGGUGUUAUGUGCUCUACCAGCAAGGUUAUGGUUGUUUAUGUUGUGAGUGAUGUAAUACAAUCCAUGAGUCAUGAGAAGCAUUUAGAGAUGAGUGAUGUGAUAUAUGAGCUCAUUAGCCUGUUUUUUUGUUCUGAACAUUAUCUUGUUAUUGAGAUGGCAGCAGAUAUGGUGUUAGCGAAUGCAACUGGCGUAUUGUAUAAGAAUAGAAAGGAAUUUAUUCCGAAGGUCUUUGAAUCAGUUUAUAGAGCAUCUAAGAGGAGUUGGCAUAUAGAAUGUGUUAGCAAAGUGCUGAGGAGUCUUCAGGCUGUUUUUUGGAUGGACAAUGGCAUGUUUGAAAUGUGCCUCAAGAAAUACAACAAAAAGAGAUGGGAGAGUGGAGUUCACAGCGUGGAUGGAAGUAACAAUCAAUGA